GGCAGAUACUAGGCAAGUGGACUCUGUGUUCAGCUGGAUGCCCCAGGUCUCAGUGUCAGCUGCCCCAUUCCGGGAGGAAGAAAGACUUGAGUGACCGGAAAGAGCUGCUAGUCUGAGGCCCUAGCGGGAGGCCUGCUGGACCAGGAUAUCAGCUGUGUGCAUGGCUUGGCAGCUGACUGUGCCGGAACUCCAGGACCAGCUGCAGUGUCCCAUUUGCCUGGAGGUCUUCAAAGAGCCUCUGAUGCUUCAGUGUGGCCACUCCUACUGCAAGAACUGCCUGGAUAGCUUGUCUGAACACCUGGAUUCCGAGCUGCGCUGUCCUGUGUGUCGUCAGUCAGUUGACUGCAGCAGCUCCCCGCCUAAUGUCUCCCUGGCCCGGGUGAUCGAUGCUCUGAGGCUCCCGGGGGACACAGAGCCCACCGUCUGCGUGCACCACCGAAACCCUCUCAGCCUCUUUUGUGAGAAAGACCAGGAAUUCAUCUGUGGUCUCUGUGGCCUGCUGGGCUCCCACCAACACCACAGAGUCACACCAGUCUCCACGGUCUACAGCCGCAUGAAGGAAGAGCUUGCAGGCCGCCUGUCUGAGCUGAAGGAGCAGCACAGGGACGUGGAGGAGCACAUUGGCAAACUGGUCAACAACAGGACCCGGAUUAUUAAUGAGUCUGACGUCUUCAGCUGGGUGAUCCGAAGAGAGUUCCAGGAGUUGCACCACCUGGUGGAUGAAGAGAAAGCCCGCUGCCUGGAGGGGGUGGAGAGCCACACGCGUGGCCUGGUGGCCUCCCUGGACAUGCAGCUGGAGCAGGCUCAGGGUACUCAAGAGCGACUGGCCCAAGCCGAGCGGGUGCUGGAGCAGUUUGGCAAUGAGAGUCACCAUGAGUUCAUCCGGAAGUUUCACUCCAUAACCUCCAGGGGAGAGGUCCAGCAGGCUCGGCCUUUGGAAGGCGUCUUCAGCCCCAUCUCCUUCAAGCCCGCUCUCCACCAAGCUGACAUCAAACUGACCGUGUGGAAGAGGCUAUUCCGGAAAGUUCUGCCAGCUCCAGAAUCUCUCAAGCUGGACCCGGCUACUGCCCACCCUCUCCUGGAGCUCUCGAAGGGCAACACAGUGGUGCACUGUGGCCUCCUGGCCCAGAGACGCGCCAGCCAACCUGAGCGCUUUGACUACAGCACCUGUGUCCUGGCUAGCAAGGGCUUCUCCUGGGGUCGCCACUACUGGGAAGUGGUGGUGGGGAGCAAGAGUGACUGGCGCUUGGGGGUCAUCAAGGGCACCGCCAGCCGCAAAGGCAAGCUGAGCAAGUCCCCAGAACAUGGGGUAUGGCUAAUAGGCCUGAAAGAGGGUCGGCUGUAUGAGGCUUUUGGCUGCCCACGGCUGCCACUGCCCGUGGCUGGCCACCCUCAUCGCAUUGGCGUCUACCUACACUAUGAGCAGGGUGAGCUCACGUUCUUUGAUGCUGACCGUCCUGAUGAUCUUCGGGCACUCUACACUUUCCAGGCUGACUUCCAGGGCAAGCUGUACCCUAUCCUGGACACAUGCUGGCAUGAGAGGGGCAGCAACUCACUGCCCAUGGUACUGCCCCCACCCAGUGCGCCUGGCCACCUCACACGUGCACAGGUAUAGGCCGUCCUGGUACUGUCUGCCCAUUGGUCUAUCUUGCUAGACACAGGGAUUUGAGGGGUUCUGCUGGGUCUCAAUGUUUGGACUGCUUGAGAAGGUUCUUCACACCCACGUGUCCCUGGAACAUUUAUAGCAGGGGACAGAGCCUCUCCCUCACCACCUAGGGGUAUGCAUGCUACCUCGCACCUUACCAGCUCCACUCAACUGUGCUUCCUAACCCUUCCAGCAGAGGGCAGACACUGUCCCUCACAGAUUUAAUCUUUAUCACUGGGACCUUCAAACAUCUAUUAAAAACAAUAAAUUUGACAUCUUUUCUCAUUAAUUAUUACUA